AAAAAAAUUGAAAAUGAAGCCAUCCAUUUUUAUUGGAAAAAUCUUUCAUAUAAAACGGCUAAGAAUAAAAUUCUGGUCAAUAAUUUAAGUGGUCAUCUUCAAAGUGGUUAUUUGACCGCCAUUCUUGGUCCAAGUGGAUCUGGGAAAACAACGUUAUUUGAAUGCUUAGCUAAACGUCGUAUAAAAGGUAUGACCGGACAAACAUGGGUAUCCAGUUCAAUUAGUGAUUUUAAAGAGGUUCGCAUCAUCUAUAAUCCACAAAAAGAUUUUCUAUUCUCUGUAUUAUCUAUACGUGAAAAUCUCAACUAUGCAUGUCAAUUACAACGUUAUUGUGGCCGUAAUAUUGAUAUACUUAAUGAUAAUACAAUCAAUGAUGAUGGUGAUGUUAAAUUAUUGGAUGCAUCGAAAUAUGAUUGCCAUAAAGUGGAAGAAAUUAUUGAUCAAUUAGGUCUUACACAAUGUGCUGAUGUACGUGUGAGUAAUUGCAGUGGUGGUCAAAAGAAACGUCUUUCGAUAGCAUUGGAAUUGAUAUUUUCACCUAACGUUUUGUUAUUGGAUGAACCGACUACAGGAUUAGAUUCUGUAUCAUCAUUACAGCUUGUACAGUUAUUGAAAACGAUGGUUAAAAAUAAUCCAAUCAUCAUCUGUGCUACAAUUCAUCAACCAUCGGCUAAAUUAUUUUCAUAUUUUGAUGAUCUUUAUGUUAUAUCAACAUUUGGUACAUGUAUCUAUCGUGGUCCAGGUAACCAGGUUCUGGAUCAUUUUCAAAGUUUUGGCCUUAAUUGUCCCGUCUUUCAUAACAUAUCAGAUUUUGUACUUGAAAUUGCUAGUGGCCUUUAUGGUGAUGAGAUCAUCUAUAAACUAACGGAUGCUGAAGCAUCACAAGAAUUGAUUGAUCAGAAUAAAUAUCAAGUAAAUGUUAAUGUUGAUCGAGCACUUUCGAAAGAAAUGGCAUUCGAUCAGAUACAAUCAUCAUGGGCAUUGUUUAAACGUUCAUCAUUGAUAUCGUAUCGUGAACCAUUCAACUAUGCUCUCAGAUCAUUUGGUCUAUUGAUGUUAAUGGCAGUACGGCUUGUAUUGAAAAAUCGGCAAUCCACAUUGAUCGAUAAUGAAUGUUUCAAUUCAACACGUUUUGCCAAGAAAUUCAUUGAAAUGGGAUCUAAUCCAGAAAACUAUAAAAUUACUGCAUUUCUAAGCCGUGACAUUAUAUUGUUAAUCACUUCGGUAAUGUUUACGGUUAUCAUUAGUUUGGUACCAUCAUUGAUGCUGUUUCCUCUUGAACUGUCAGUAUUCAUCAAAGAACAUUCCAACAAAUGGUACACACGAUGGUCAUAUUAUGUAUCGAAAUCAUUUUCGGAUAUACCACCAACAUUGAUAUUUCCAUUAAUAUAUGCAGUGUUUACUUGGUUUCUGGUUGAAUCACCACCCGGAAUCUGGCGUUUUUUCAUCUACAUUUCAUUGAUCAUUUCAACCAGUUUACUUGCCCAUAGUUUCGCUAUGGUCAUAUCAAUACAUUUUAUUAACAAUACGAUUGCUGCAUUAAUUUGUGGUGCAAUGUUAUUCGUACCGUUUUUCAUAUUUAGUGGUUUUGUUAUACCGGUCAACAAAUUGCCUUAUUAUGUACGGCCAUUUACUUAUCUAUCCGUUUAUAAGCUUUCAAUUGAAGCCGUUUUGAUUAUAUUCUAUGGAUUUGGUCGCUGUAAUCCGGAUCAUACAGGUUUAUCAUUAUCGGAUUUUACCAAAUAUUUUGGUGAUUCAAUUAUGAAUAUAACCACCUGUAUGGAACAAUUAACAUCAUUACCACCCGUUCAAUAUAUAAUUGAUGGUUUUAACAAUGAAAUCAAAACAAUUAAUCAAUCUAUCAUUUUGAGCCGUUUCGAUCUGGAUAAUAUUGAUUUAUUUAUCAAUUUUGGUUUUAUCAUUUCAUACAUAAUUAUAUUACGUGUAUUUGCAUAUGUCAUAUUAAUGUCGAAAAGUAUUGCCAAAUGAUUGAUAUUUACAAAAUUGAAUUUUUUUCCCGAAAGAAUUUCGAAAUGUUAUUCUGUCAUUCUGGUAAAUUGAUAUAUUGAGAUUUUAAAGAAUAAAAUUUUAUCACAAA